UUUAGAGCAACUAGUUGUUGGUCGUGUUCUUUGUCUUCUCCGGUACUGAAUUGGGAAUCUUGGUAUGGCUUCUGUCUUUCUGUUCGUUUUCUUUGUUCUCUUAAAUUUCCUGCUGCUUCACUCUGCUGAAGGAGAAAAGACAUACACCCAAAAAUGUCCACCCUUUCCCUGCGGACGUCUGGGCUCGAUUGGCUUUCCAUUCACCAAGGAGGAAAACCCAGAAUGCGGUGUUUUCACAAUAGAGUGCCGGGAUGAUGCGCCUCCGAUAUUCAAACUGGUGGAGUUUGGAAGACAAUAUGAAGUUCUAAAAAUCUAUCCGGAUAACACCACAAUACGUAUCAGAGCCGAAUGGCUUGGGGAGCUGUACCCUGCAGCCCCUGAUUGGUUUGAAUGUGAAUUCUUACAUAAUCUGACUUUUCCCAGCUCUUCGUUCAUCUCUUUUGAAUUUUCCCCCAACCAGACCUUUUUUAAAUGCAAUCGCACUCUCAAUAUUUCUCGCCCAACAAAUUUUAAAAAGAUUCGUUGCAUUGAGCAUGAUGUCUACUAUAAUGGUUCAAGCGAUAGUUUUCCCACUUCUCUCUCUGGAUGUUCAAUUAUUCAGCUCCCAAAGAAUCCGAAGUGGUCGCCAGGUGAAGAUGAGCUGUUUCAACUGGUAAACGCUGAGUUCGACCUUAAACAGUAUGUGUCUGAUGAAUGUUACGGAUGUUAUACUAGAGGAGGUCAUUGUGAGCCCGACGACAAGGGGAUACUUUCUUGUAACCGAGGAUGUAACGGAUGCAGAGAAGGUCAAUGUAAGCGAGGCCACAACGGAAAACUUUAUUGUGACGAUGCAGAGAAAGGGAAUAACAAAACCAAACUGGCGAUAGGAUUAGGUGUCGGAUGUCCAGCCAUCAUAAUAAUUUGCGCUUUCUUUAUUAUGCGGCAUUAUUAUAAGACAAAAUAUGCUUCUUCAAACAUGCUGGCAAAGAAUGCUAAUUCUGAUCCAUCCUCAAGACCAGACCUGGAAGGGGGGAGUCUCUACUUUGGAGUCCCUGUUUACUCCUACAGCGACCUUGAAGAAGCGACCAAUAAUUUUGAUACUGAAAAAGAACUUGGAGAUGGAGGCUUUGGAAUUGUCUACUAUGGCAAACUCCGUGAUGGGCGGGAAGUUGCAGUCAAGCGCCUAUACGAGCACAACUACAGACGAGUAGCACAAUUCAUGAAUGAAGUUGAAAUCCUCACCCGCUUGCGCCACAAAAAUCUAGUCUCCCUAUAUGGCUGCACCUCACAACGCAGCCGUCAACUUCUUCUUGUGUAUGAAUAUAUUCCCAAUGGCACUGUUGCCGACCAUAUUCAUGGAGAACGAGUGACGCCGGGUUCACUUACAUGGCCGACUCGUAUGAACAUUGCCAUAGAAACUGCUGCUGCAUUGGCUUACCUCCAUGCUUCUGAAAUCAUACAUCGCGAUGUGAAGACUAACAACAUUCUCCUUGACAACAAUUUUUGCGUCAAAGUUGCAGAUUUCGGGCUUUCUCGGCUGUUCCCCAAUGAUAUCAGCCAUGUCUCAACAGCUCCUCAGGGAACUCCAGGCUAUGUUGACCCAGAAUAUCGUCAAUGUUAUCAGCUUACUAAAAGUGAUGUUUACAGCUUUGGGGUUGUUCUAAUCGAGCUCAUAUCAUCUCUGCCGGCUGUUGAUAUAGCUAGGCAUAGGCAUGAAAUUAACUUGGCUAAGUUGGCCAUAAACAAGAUUGAAAAAUCCGCAUUCCAUGAGUUGAUCGACCCACAUCUUGGAUUUGAGUCAGAUAAAGAAGUUGAAAGGAUGACCAUUUUGGUGGCACAGUUGGCUUUUCAUUGCAUACAACAGGACAAGGAAAUGAGACCUAGCAUGGAUGAGGUCUUGGAGGCUUUGAAGCAGAUUCAAAGUGGUAGUGAUGCGCCGGUGGAUCAAAAGAAGGGAUUUGAUGGUGAUGUGAUCGUGAAUGUAAAGCCACCAAUUUCGCCGGAAUCUGAUGAGGUUGGGUUGUUGAAGACUAAACAGCUGCCACCUUCACCAAUUUCUGUGAACACUAAUUGGCCUAGGAUGUCUACUACACCUAAUAUCAGUAGCUAAAUUCUUCUCCAUGCUGCUACGCUUUCGAGUAGGGAUAAAAAUAUGUUUAACACUCCUUCAGACGCAAAUGAGUGUGCUUUGAAAUUUCAUUUUCUUCUCAUCUACUCGUUCUGUGUUGUUCAUGGAAGGCAUAUAUCGUUGAUAGGUUAAAGUUUUGGGGGAAUAUACAUAAUAUGAAUGGAGUUAUUAGUAUCAUUCAUAUAUAUAUAUAUAGCAGAGAUUUCGGAUAAUUUGUUUCACUGCUUUUUUGCACUCUACCAUGUAUCAAAUAAGUUGUGGAUUGUAUGCAUCGAUGUUUAAAUACUUUACUUGUUUAGUGUUUGUUGUAAUGUCCAAG